AUGCCUCCUCGGCAUCAACCUUCACCACCUCUGCUGCGUUCUGAACGAGCUUCUCUCCAUUCUUCUCUUCAUGGCCCGAUCGACGGUGCUUUGAAGACACUGAGACUUGAGAGUCGACAACUGCAGGCUACCCUGGUCUCAUUCUCAGACGAACUUGCUGUUUUACGACGGAUAUUGUACAAAGCUGAAAAUGAACACCGAUCGGCGUUAUUCUGGCGGCGCGUACAAGAGAUGAAGCGUUUCGCUGGCAGGCUCGAAGAGAUGUCGAUUCAUUGUGUUGCUGAAUCGCUACGAUGUUCAUUUUUUCCCCAAGAGGCACAAAGCAAUCCCAAACUUUUGAAAGGAUCCUGGACACACUUCCCCGACGAAGCGAGCUUCCGCUUUACUCUCAAAAGACUGCAAAAUACAGUAAUGCUCCUAAAAGAGGCAUUGAUAUUUUUCAACCAUGCGUGCAAGACUUGCGCGCACCUAUCAGUCAGUACUGAACCACCGGCCCUGAGCUCUGCACUAAUUGGCGAGACCAGUGCACUAUCACUCGCGAUGCAAUCCGGCGCAUUCAUCCAUCUCAUUCUGACGUUGACUGCUCUGGCGGCUCGACUAGAUCAACUGACCUCUGAUCUGGUUGAGCAUGUGGACGCACUCUCUGACACAAUCAGGCUGUUGCAAAACACGCUCAGGGCUACUCCGAUCAGCGUUGCCCCACCUGAAGAUGCAUCGUUACAGGAAGAUUUAGAGACCAUGGAAACCGCAAUCGUCGAAGUCACGCGGACCGUGAUCGUGAAGAAGGAAAAAAGGAGGAUACCGAAGAAGCCUAUUCUUAGAGCACAGGAUGAAAUAGAUGCUAUCUUUGGCUAGAGUCAAAAGAAAUGCGUUCACUUUCGACUACCUAACAGCACCGGGCUAGUUGCGACUAGUCUCCAGUGUGCGAAGCAAUAAGGUAAGAGAUCGUAAUCACAGAAUAGUAGAGUGUAUCAACAGUCAAACGGUAUCAAAUGAGUUAAUCUGCAAGUGUCCAAAUACUACGUUGUCCGUUACAAAAGGUCCGUCAUUUAGAGAGCGAAGAAAGUCGCAGCAACAACAACUGCAGCGACCAAGAAGCGGGGCG